AUGGCGCAAGCAGGCCCGGAGACGGACGUUGUUCAGAGGCUUUUCACGGAACUAAGGUCGGAGAACAAAGAGAAGCGUGUUAGGGCUUCCUACGAGUUAUAUGAUAAUGUCAUUACUGUUUCACGUGAUUGGGCUCCGGAGAAAUUCUUGGAAUUCUACAACACUGUCAGCCACCGCAUUGGGCAGCUGGUAGUGACUGGCAGCGAUGGUAGCGAGAAAAUCGGCGGGCUGCUCGCCCUCGACCGCCUGAUUGACUUGAACGGUGUCGAUGCUGCACAGAAGACAACUCGAUUUGCCAGCUAUCUGCGAAGUGCGCUGCGAAGCAAUGACAACGCAGUCUUGGUCUGUGCCGCUCAAUCCCUGGGCCGACUGGCGAAACCGGGCGGUGCUCUGACGGCUGAAAUAGUUGAGAGUGAGAUUCAUUCCGCUCUUGAGUGGCUGCAGUCGGAGAGGCAGGAGAGCAGACGGUUCGCGGCGGUUCUGAUCAUACGGGAGUUAGCUAAAGGGUCACCUGCUGUGCUAUAUGGAUUUGUUCCCCAGAUCCUCGAACUCGCUUGGGUUGCUCUUAGCGAUCCGAAAUUUCUGAUCCGCGAAACCACUGCUGAAGCUGUCGGUGAAUGUUUCCAAAUUAUCGCCGCUCGUGACGUCGGUGUUAAGCAGCAAUGGUUCUCUCGGAUGUAUGAAGAGUCCUUGCAAGGCCUCAAGUCCAGUAGUAUUGUCUGGACCCACAGCUCCCUUCUAGUCUUAAAAGAGCUCCUCCUGAAGGGGGCAAUGUUUAUGAAUGAACACUACAGGAACGCUUGCGAAAUCGUGCUUCGCCUGAAAGACCACCGAGAUGUAAAAAUCCGCACUCAAGUUGUCCUGACAAUUCCGAUUCUGGCCUCCUAUGCACCAAUGGAUUUUACGAACAAUUACCUUCACAGAUUUAUGGUGUACCUUCAGGCCCAACUCAAGAGGGAAAAGGAGCGCGAUGCAGCCUUCAUUGCCAUCGGAAAGAUUGCGACCGCAGUGGGCGUCGACAUCGGACAAUACCUUGACUCUAUUAUGGUUUACAUCCGUGAGGGUCUUGCGACCAAAGCGAAAAAUCGUGUAGGUGUCAACGAGGGGCCGAUGUUCGAAUGUAUCAGCAUGCUCUCUGUGGCAGUUGGACAGACUUUGAAUAAAUACAUGGAAGCUCUCUUGGAUCCAAUCUUUGCUUGUGGAUUAAGUGAGCCUUUGACUCAGGCUCUCGUUAAUAUGGCACACUAUAUACCCCCAAUGAAACCGGUCAUACAGGAGAAAUUGCUUAAUAUUCUCAGUAUAAUUCUAUGCGGCACACCCUUCCGUCCCUUGGGUUGCCCAGAGAAGAGAUUUCCGCCGCUACACUCAUCGGCUAAGGAUUCCGCUCCCCAGGAGCUCCACUCAGACUUCGAAGUAACUCUAGCAUUGCACACGCUGGGUAGCUUCGAUUUCUCAGGCCACAUAUUGAAUGAGUUCGUUCAGGACGUCGCCAUCAGAUAUGUCGAAAGUGACAACCCCGAAAUUCGGAAGGCAUCGGCUUUAACUUGCUGUCAGCUUCUUGUCCACGACCCUAUCAUAAAUCAAACAAGCACCCACUCCAUCCAAGUCGUUGGCGAGAUUAUGGACAGGCUACUAACGGUGGGUAUCGGUGAUCCAGACUCUGAGAUCCGGCACACUGUUCUGUGGUCGUUACAUCGCAAAUUUGACCGCCAUCUAGCGAAACCGGAGAAUAUUAGAUGCCUUUUCUUCGCCGUCAAUGACGAGGUCUUCGCUGUUAGGGAGGCUGCCAUUAGUAUUAUUGGUCGCCUUUCUAGUGUGAAUCCUGCAUAUGUUUUUCCUCCGCUAAGGAAAUUCUUGGUGAACCUACUAACUGGUCUGAGAUUCGCUAGCACUACUCGUCAGAAGGAAGAAAGCGCCCAGCUUAUUAGUCUCUUUGUGGGCAAUGCAACCAAGCUCAUCCGGUCAUACGUCGAUCCGAUGGUUACUCUCCUGCUGCCGAAAACUACUGAUUCCAGUGCAAGUGUUGCAUCCACGGCUUUGAAGGCUAUUGGGGAGCUUUCAAAGGUCGGUGGCGCUGAAAUAAAGCAAUACUUACCACAGCUCAUGCCCAUAAUACUUAUCUCUCUACAAGAUCUGUCCUCUCAUGUUAAGAGAGAGUCGGCUUUGCGAACCCUUGGCCAACUGGCGAGUAACUCGGGCUAUGUCAUCGAGCCAUACAUGGAGUAUCCGCAUUUAUUAGCCGUCCUAAUCAGCAUCAUCAAAACGGAGCAAAGGGGUUCACUGCGCAAGGAGACAGUCAAACUACUAGGCAUCCUUGGAGCCCUUGAUCCAUACAAAUACCAGCAAAUAAGUGAGACUUCGCCUGAUGUUCACUACAUCAAUGAGGUGCAGCCGGUCUCCGACGUUGCGCUUAUCAUGCAAGGCUUAACUCCCUCUAGUGAGGAAUACUACCCCACAGUGGUUAUUAACACGCUGUUGCAGAACAUAUUGCAAGAGGUCUCUCUGGCUCAAUACCAAUCCGCAGUUAUUGAUGCCAUAGUCACUAUUUUCAAGACCCUUGGCUUGAAAUGCGUCUCCUUCCUCGGGCAAAUUAUUCCCGCUUUUCUGUCAGUCAUCAGGAGCUCACCCGUCAGCCGUCUCGAGUCAUACUUCAACCAGCUUGCGAUCCUGGUCAACAUUGUUCGCCAGCAUAUUCGUGGCUUCCUUCCUUCAAUCAUCGAGACGAUCCGCGACUACUGGGAUGUAAACUAUCAAGUCCAAAUACCCGUUUUGGCAUUGAUAGAGGCUAUCUGUAAAGCCCUCGAAGGCGACUUUAAGAAGUAUCUGGCUGCACUGAUCCCCUUAAUGUUAGACACCCUAGAAAAGGACACUUCUCCGCGACGCCAGCCUUCAGAAAGAAUCCUGCAUACGUUUCUCGUAUUUGGCUCAAACGGAGAGGAAUAUAUGCACCUGGCUGUUCCCGCGAUUGUGCGACUUUUCGACAAAUCACAGAACCCUUCGAGCGUUAGAAAAUCCGCUAUCGAGACACUGGCAAAGCUGUCGCGGGAAGCCAACGUGUCUGAUUUUGCAUCCCUUAUGAUUCAUGCCUUGGCACGAGUUGUGGCUGGUAAUAACAAGACACUGCGACAAGCAGCCUUGGACUGUAUCUGUGCCCUUAUAUUUCAACUAGGGCAAGAUUUCAGAAAUUACAUUCAACUCGUCAGCAAGAUCCUGAAACAGCAGCAAAUAAGCCAUGCGACGUUCCAGACCCUCGUGACAAAGGUACAGAAAGGUGAACCUCUACCACAGGACUUGAACCCCGAAGCGAUUCACCGCAUCUCAACAGAUGAUACAAGCUAUGCAGAGAUCGGCCAAAAGAAAAUGCAAGUCAAUCAGCAACAUUUGAAGAACGCAUGGGAUGCCUCUCAGAAGUCAACGCGCGAAGACUGGGAAGAGUGGAUACGACGAUUCAGCGUUGAGCUUCUCAAGGAAUCACCAUCUCCGGCUCUGAGAGCCUGUGCUACCUUGGCCGGCAUUUAUCAGCCGUUAGCGAAGGACUUGUUCAAUGCUGCAUUUGCCUCUUGCUGGACCGAGCUAUACGACCAGUAUCAGGAGGAACUCGUGCGUUCAAUCGAGAAGGUGCUUACCUCCCCAAAUAUUCCACCUGAGAUCCUGCAGAUACUCUUGAAUCUCGCAGAAUACAUGGAACACGAUGACAAGGCGCUGCCUAUCGAUAUUCGAAUGUUAGGUCGGUAUGCAGGCAAGUGCCAUGCGUUUGCAAAAGCGUUGCAUUACAAUGAACUCGAGUUUGAACAGGACCAGAAUUCGGGUGCAGUGGAUGCCCUAAUUACGAUCAAUAAUCAACUACAACAGUCAGAUGCAGCCAUCGGCAUUUUACGCAAGGCUCAAGCUUAUCGGGAUGUCGAGUUGAAGGAGACUUGGUUUGAGAAGCUUCAACGCUGGGAGGAAGCACUUGCAGCUUACAAACGGCGCGAGACCCAGGAUCCAGACUCGUUCAGUAUUACAAUGGGCAAAAUGCGCUGCUUACAUGCUCUCGGGGAGUGGAAGAUCCUGUCUGACCUGGCGCAAGAAAAGUGGAACCAGGUAUCGGUGGAACAUAGGAGAGCCAUUGCACCGCUAGCCGCAGCGGCCGCUUGGGGCCAAGGCCAGUGGGAGAUAAUGGACUUGUACCUUGGUGUCAUGAAAGAGCAAUCGCCCGACCGAUCCUUCUUUGGUGCCAUCCUGGCGAUUUAUCGGAAUCAGUUCGAAGAGGCUGCGAUGUUUAUCGAAAAGGCACGCAGCAGAGUGGACACGGAACUCUCCGCACUUCUAGGAGAGUCUUACAAUCGAGCUUACAAUGUUGUGGUUCGCGUACAAAUGCUUACCGAACUUGAGGAGAUCAUCACGUUCAAGCAGAACGUUGGCGAUCCCGAAAAGCAGCAGGCAAUGCGUGAGACGUGGAACAAGAGGCUUCUUGGCUGUCAGCAGAAUGUCGAAGCCUGGCAGAGAAUGCUAAAUGUGAGACAGCUAGUCAUGUCAGCACAAGAGAAUCAGGACAUGUUGAUUAAAUUUGCCAAUCUUUGCCGCAAAUCAAAUCGGAUGGGGAUCGCCGAACGUACCUUAGCAUCUCUCGAAACGGCGAUACAAGGUCCCGAUGGCGUUGAAACUGUAGCGCCACCUGAAGUCAAGUACGCCCGGUUCAAGUUUACAUGGGCUCAAGGGCAUCAAGCAGAGGCUUUACGGUCUCUGAAAGAGUUCACUGCUGCUCUAGAGGAUGAUUUUAUAAGAUAUAAUGCUCUUCUAGCACAGCAUGCCGAUCACAACGGAACCAAUGGCGUUAAUGUCUUUCAGGAUUCAAAUAAUCCAGAUAUCUAUCACCUACGAUCACGACUCGGGGAUGCAACAAAAGUGAGGAAACUACUCGCCAAGAGCUACCUCAAACAAGGCGAAUGGCAAACAGCCUUCCAGCGAGGCGAUUGGAAACCCGAGCAUGUGCGUGAAGUACUUACUGCGUAUUCGGCUGCAACUCAGUACAAUCGCGACUCAUACAAAGCAUGGCAUGCAUGGGCAUUUGCUAACUUUGAAACCGUCACAGCACUGGCUGCUCAACAGAGCCGAGAUGGCUCCAUGAUUCCCAGGCACAUUGUGAACGAGCAUGUUAUUCCAGCCGUUCGUGGCUUCUUCCGAUCAAUCUCCUUAUCCUCUACCUCAUCUCUUCAAGACACACUGCGGUUGCUCACUUUAUGGUUUACCUACGGGGCCGAACAAGACGUUAAUAGCGUUAUUACGGAGGGCUUUUCUUCCGUCAGCAUCGAUACCUGGCUGGCGGUGACACCUCAAUUGAUUGCACGCAUUAACCAGCCGAAUCUGCGAGUGCGCAAUGCAUUACAUCGUCUCCUUGCCGAAGUCGGCAAAGCCCACCCACAAGCACUUGUUUACCCCUUGACGGUUGCCAUAAAAUCCAAUGUUGCGCGACGGUCUCAGUCGGCAAUUCAUAUCAUGGAGAGCAUGAGGCAACACAGUGCAAAGCUAGUCGAGCAAGCCGACAUCGUUAGCAGUGAGCUGAUUCGUGUGGCCGUGUUAUGGCACGAGCUUUGGCACGAAGGAUUAGAAGAAGCCUCACGAUUAUACUUUGGUGAACAUAGCGUGGAAGGCAUGUUCUCGACUCUGGCGCCUCUUCAUGAUCUUCUGGACCGGGGUGCCGAAACAUUGCGGGAAGUUUCGUUUGCGCAAGCUUUCGGACGCGACCUGGCUGAAGCCAAACAGUAUUGUCUUCUGUAUCGCGAAACCAAAGAGAUCGGGGACCUGAAUCAGGCCUGGGAUUUAUAUUACAUCGUUUUCCGCAAGAUCGCCCGUCAGUUGCCUCAGCCUCAGCUGUCGACACUUGAUUUACAGUACGUGUCCCCGAAACUGAAGGAUACCCUCGACCUUGAUCUGGCUGUCCCGGGAACGUACCACCCUGGCCGGCCUGUGAUCCGAAUAUUAAGCUUCGACCCUGUACUACACGUUCUGCAAACAAAGAAGCGACCGCGGAGAAUGACGCUCAAGGGCAGCGACGGCAAAUCCUACAUGUACCUUCUCAAGGGACACGAAGAUAUUCGACAAGACGAACGAGUGAUGCAAUUGUUUGGUCUCGUGAACACGCUCUUAGACAACGACAGCGAAUGCUUCAAGCGGCAUCUGUCUGUGCAACGAUUCCCAGCCAUCCCCCUAUCCCAGAACUCCGGGUUAUUGGGGUGGGUCUCAAAUAACGAUACAUUGCACGCACUUAUCAAGGAAUAUCGCGAAAGCCGUCGGAUUCUACUAAACAUCGAGCACCGCAUUAUGCUCCAGAUGGCGCCCGAUUAUGACAAUCUAACAUUAAUGCAAAAAGUCGAGGUCUUCGGGUAUGCAAUGGACAACACAACAGGCAAAGAUCUGUACCGGGUCCUUUGGCUAAAGAGCAAAAGUUCCGAAGCGUGGCUAGAACGGAGAACUAAUUACACUCGUUCUCUGGGCGUUAUGUCUAUGGUCGGAUAUAUCCUUGGCCUUGGCGAUAGGCAUCCGUCAAAUCUACUUCUUGAUCGCGUCACGGGGAUGAUUGUACACAUUGACUUUGGAGAUUGCUUUGAGGUUGCCAUGCAUCGCGAGAAAUACCCGGAGCGAGUCCCAUUCCGAUUGACUCGUAUGUUGACAUUUGCAAUGGAAGUCAGCAAUAUCGAGGGGAGCUAUCGCAUUACAUGUGAGGCUGUUAUGCGUGUAAUUCGGGAGAACAAAGACUCAUUGAUGGCUGUGCUUGAAGCUUUCAUUCAUGACCCCCUGAUCAAUUGGCGUCUCGGGGCUCGCGAAUCACAGGCUCGGCCGUCAUUCUCAACCGUUAACCGCCGGCAUUCUAUCGUGGACGAUGCUAAUCCAGAGCACCGCAUUCAACCCAGCAGUUCCACGCACCAUCACUGGCCGUCAAAUCUAGAGGGUGUUAUUCUUGAUGCGUCACAAGGUGCACAAAACGAAACACGCGAAACGCAGAAUGCUAGGGCUCUGCAAGUUCUAGCUCGAGUGAAAGAGAAACUGACCGGACGAGACUUUAAGCCCAAUCAAGAACUCAAUGUUAGCGAUCAGCUUCCAGUCUUUAAGUCGAAACUCUGUAUGGGGAUCCAUCUGCGUUUCAUGUCGGCUGCGAAUAUGCUUCUCGAUUUUAAUCCUUUCUGUAAAGCCAUCCUCGUGGAAAGCAUGGCCCGUCCAUACUCCCACAAACCACAUUCCUCUCUGCCCUUGGAUCUUCGUCGUUUUGCAGAGCUUCGACUGUUGAGGCAUCAAAUAUGGGAUGCUGAAAUGGUAUAUUCCGCGAAUCUUUUCAGUGCCGGAGCGGGACCAGGGUUAAGCGUUGCCAGUACAGGUUCCUUUAUGUUAUCGAUUGACAAGAAGAAUUUCAUAUCAGCCGUCAAGGACACAUGA